AUGAACAUACAUGUCAGGAAGCGGAAGUCACGUCCACUGCUUUCGGAGCUGCAGGCAAUGACGCAGCGGCAGCGGCUGAAUAAGAUGGUCAACUCGUUUUUCCCGGCGAAUCACGACGUGGCGGUGGUGAUGGACGACGAGACCUAUCUCACCCUGGAUGGCAACGACUGGCAGGGCACUUCGUAUUUUACUUCCUCCACGAAGGAAGUGAGCUCCGUGGUGAAAUUAAUUUCACACACCCAGUUCCCCAAGAAGGUGCUGCUGUGGCUGACUAUCAGCGAGAAGGGGAUGCCAAAGCCGUUCUUCUUUCGCUCCGGGCUGGCCGUAAACGGGGAAAUUUAUAGUACGAAAUACCUGCCGGAAGUUGCGUCGUUCAUCAAGAAAUACCAUAAGGGCGAAGACGCGGUGUUCUGGCCGGAUCUGGUGUCGACCCACUACUCGAAGCGAUCGUUGGAGGAGAUGGAGCGGAUGAAUAUCGAUGUGGUACCUAAGUCAGCGAACCCGGCCAACGUCCCCCAGCUACGUCCCAUCGAGAAUUUCUGGGCCAACCUGAAGCGUAAGAUCUACUCCAACAAUUUUGUCGCGAAGACUGAGGAGGAAUUGAUAAAUAAAACGAAGAAAGAACUCAAAAACAUGCCUACACGUUUUCGUUCGCCAUGGCGAAUGUUCCGGUUAACUGCCGGGAGGCCGCUCGCAAGGACGUAG